GGUGGCCCGGCGGAGGGGCGUGGCGGUUGCGGCGGCGGCGGUGGCGGCGGACGCGGGGUGGCUGGAGCGGCUGCCGGAGAAGGAGAAGCCGCUGUACGCGCACAGCCUGCCGUGCAUCGAGGCGUGGCUGCGCAGCGUCGGGUUCGCGCAGUCCCGCGAGGACCGCGCCGUGUGGGUCGCCGAGACGCCGCUCUGGCACGCCCGCCUCAGCCUCGACGCCACCGACCUCCACAUCAGAUACCUGAAGAGCGGCCCGGGGAACCUGGAGAAGGACAUGGAGAGGAGGUUCAGCUACGCCCUGAGCAGACAAGACAUCGAGAACGCCAUCCUCGGCGGACCCUGAUAAUCAAUCCCCAUCCAUCCACCACUAUGGCUCGAUCGAAACCAGGACCCUUUGUCUCUCUAAGCACGACCAGCCCCAUGCAAGAUCCCUUGUUCAAGUGUGAUUGUAAUGUCAGAAUUCAGCUCUGCAAUACUAAUUUCAACAUGGUUAAUCUACACAAGCGAGAUAGGAUUCAGUGCCAGUGUCGCCUCUGUUUUCAGGCAGACCUGUACAGACAUUUUCUCUGGAUUGAUCUUCUGAAAACACAUUUUCUCUGGAUUUCUGUUGAUGACA